AUGAGACAAAACAAGACUACAAAAGUUCUUAGCCCACGUGAUAGAGUUCUCAAGGCGUUGCGUAGUUUCAAACUUUUGUAUAACAAGCUCGAUCGUGAUAAAGAAGUUCGGAGUGGAGAAUCAAAAACUGCAAUAGAUUGCAACACAUGGACUAUUCUCAAGAGCGACGGGAUGCAAGUGAAUGCUGAAAAAAUGAUUGGAUUUGGAGCUGUCCCCGGAAUGGAGAUGAGUUUCAGUCGUAAGAUUGCUUCUUCCAUAAGUCUUCUGUAUGAGUUGGGGAGACGAGGGUUUAGAGAAGUUGCAGCUUAUCUUCUACUUCUUGCUAACGUCCCUCCCACUGUUCAUUGUGUAUCCAACGUGAACGGUAAGGUGAAGGGGAACAAACCUCGGGAGAAGAAGCUAGUGAGUAAGAUUGCUUCUUACGCAAGUUUGAAACUCUGUCUCUUCACCUGUAUGUAUCUGAUGACCAAGCAAUUUUGCCCUUGUGUAACACGUUUGCUCUAG